UUAAAGUGAGUUCUCCCACCAAAGACAGAAGAAGUAAUCUCUCUUUGUUUCAACUGUUCUCAGAGUUCUAAGACUUAUUUCAACACCAACUUCCAAUAUUAGAUCUUAAGAGAAGUAUGAUUAGUCAGAGUAAUGGAUCGAUGGAGUUUUACGAUAAUUCCCUAAUAUUAUCUUAGGCACAGGGGCACCUUCUACCACUUUCAACGACAACGACAUCUGAAAGAUGCUCAAGUUCAACCGCAAGUACGUAGACAAAAAGCAUCUGAAGCACAAAUAAAAACUGCUUGAGUCGCUGUUCAAAGUCAACUUUGAUUCAGUUCCAGCUGAAGAGUCUGAUGGUGAGAUCAGUCCGAUGUUGACGAUGAAGCCACGAAGGAGUCCUUAUGGAAGUCCGAUGCGUGCAAGCACCAUUAUCCAAGGAGCUAAGAAUACUUUGAAACAGAGGAACAACUCUUUCAGCCACAUUGCAGACAGUCCAAGCAAGAGAUUCAAAUACUCUUCUCUUCAAGAUUACUCAUCAUUGUCUCCGAAGUAUGAAAUGUCUCCGCAAAGAAGGAAUCUCAGUUAUUCUCAAGAUGAUGGCUGACAGGACCAUCAGCAUCCGAAAGAAGUUCUCUCAAAAGAAAGCUUCUAUUAAAGCCAUGUCAAACAAAAACUCUCUUAACAACAGUCCUGCUAAGAAGAAAAUGGGAGACAGCAAUCAUAGAAAUGAAGUGACGAUGAAGAACUUCAGCAAAAUCAUGAAGGCCUCCAACCCAGCUGAGAUAUUCGACAAGAUCAGGAAGAGAAAGAAACACGAAAGAUAUCUCGAAGAAAUGAACAAUUGAAUUUUUGGCAGGUUUGCAAAGAGAAAUAUACAGAAUCAAGUAAAGUCUCAGCCUGAAGAUUUGAGUGGGCCCAGUUCAAAGUUUAUAUCUCGUACUUUCGGUUUGUUGCAAAAUUAGAAAGUGAAAAUUCAAAAUAAAAAUAAUUCAAAAUAAAAAUAGUUCA